UUUAUAAAUGAAAAAAACAGGUACCGGCAAAUAUUUAAGGAAAAAGUGGAAAACCGUUGGUAAAUGCCAUAAUAAUAUAUACCUCAUUUUUAAAUGUAUUUAUUAUUGAAGAAGGAAGAAGGCAUCAAAAAGAAAAAAGUUUAAAAAGGUGUUAUCUGUCUUUGAGGGUAUUGUUGAGGUUUGAAACUGCCCCCUUUAAAUAGAGGGGUCAAGGAGGACGUGGCUUUGGAGAGUGAAGGGAAAAUAAACAAGCAAAUAACAGCUGCAAUCCAAAAAAAUGGGUAGCAGAGAACGUCUCCUUAACUGAAGGCUGAAGACAAAAGGCAAACACGCAAAAGGAAACAACUACACUUCUAUAUACUGUAACAAGUCAAGAAAAAUAACAACAUACAAAACUACAACGAUAUUGUAUAAAGACAACGUAUAACAAAAAGCGAAAAAAAGAUAAUGCUACAUAUCAAACUAAGAAUAAAUUAAAGGGAAACAAAGUCAUUAUAAACUGAAUAAUAAGUUCAUCGCGUUUGGAAUUUCGUCAGCUACCGAAUUUUGCUGGGUGCACCCCUCGAGGCCAGUUUGGUUCCUUGCAGACUGACAGAAUGGGUUUGCUGAAGAAGUUAAGGGCAGCGAGGAAGUUAUUGCUGGUUGUAUUAAUCCCUCUCGCCUUGCUACCGUUACCACUGAUUCAUCCUAGCAGUGAAGCCUCCUGCGCGUAUGUUCUGAUAGUGACGGCGGUUUACUGGGUGUCUGAAGCCAUCCCCCUGGGCGCUGCUGCCUUGGUCCCGGCCUUCCUCUACCCCCUGUUCGGAGUGCUCAAGUCCAGUGAGGUGGCUUCUGAGUACUUCAAAGACACCACCUUGCUGCUCAUAGGAGUGAUCUGCCUGGCUGCUUCUAUUGAGAAAUGGAAUCUACACAAGCGCCUUGCUCUGCGGAUGGUCAUGAUUGCUGGAGCCAAGCCUGGCAUGCUGGUGCUAGGGUUCAUGUGUUGCACUGCUUUCCUGUCCAUGUGGCUCAGUAACACCUCCACCACCGCCAUGGUGAUGCCCAUUGCUGAGGCUGUGCUGCAGCAGCUCAUCAGCACAGGGGCCGCUGACAUUGAUGAGGAGGCAGAGGCCAUCAGCGAGGGCGAUGAAGAGCAGGGGGGCCUGGAGGACAAAGAAGAAAACCUGGACAAGACCCAGCUAGAACUGCUCUUCCAGAAAGAAAGUGGAACAAAGAGCGACCUCAUCACUUUAACAAAUCUUGAGGACUUGAAUAGGUCAACACAGAAAGACACAGUGAAGAGGCAGAGUAACGGGUACCUGUCCCAGACAGCAGUCUCAAUCCCCGAACUCCCUACAAGCAGCCGGAAGCAGAGCUCACGCUACCCGACCAAGAGGGAUCACAUGAUCUGCAAGUGCCUGUCCCUGAGCAUCACCUACGCAGCCACCAUCGGGGGGCUCAUCACCAUCACCGGAACUUCCACCAACCUCAUCUUCACAGAGCAGUUCAACAUCCGGUACCCUGAGGCGCAAGUGAUCAACUUCGGGACGUGGUUUAUCUUCAGUCUUCCCAUCUCCCUGAUCAUGCUCUUUCUGACCUGGGUCUGGCUGCACUGUCUCUUCCUGGGCUGCAAUUUCAGGGAGACCUGCUCCCUCAGUAAGAAGAGGAAGACGAAGCGGGAGGAGCUGUCUGAGAAACGCAUCCAGGAAGAGUAUGAGAAACUGGGGCCAAUCAGUUACCCAGAGCUGGUGACUGGGGUCUUCUUCGUGCUCAUGACCCUGCUGUGGUUCACCAGAGAGCCAGGAUUCGUGCCGGGGUGGACCUCCCUCUUUGAAAAGAAGGGCUAUCGGACAGACGCCACCAUCUCAGUGCUGCUGGGAUUCCUGCUGUUUCUGAUCCCGUCCAGGAAACCCUGCUUCUCCCAGGCUGGGGACAGAGACCAAGGAAGCAGUUCAGAGGAUGAGGAGGACAGUGACACCCUGGCCCCCAUGAUAACCUGGAAGGACUUCCAGAAGCUGAUGCCGUGGGAGAUUGUAAUCUUGGUGGGUGGUGGUUACGCAUUGGCGGCAGGAUGCAAGGUCUCCGGCCUAUCUGUGUGGAUGGGAAGACAGUUGGAACCAAUGAACAGCCUCCCCCCCUGGACUAUAACACUAUUAGCCUGUCUCCUUGUUUCUGCGGUAACUGAAUUUGCCAGUAACCCAGCAACCAUCACAGUCUUCCUCCCUAUUCUCUCCACGAUGUCGGAGACCCUGCACAUUAACCCCUUGUACACCUUGAUCCCUGCAACCAUGUGCGUCUCCUUUGGUGUGAUGCUGCCUGUAGGAAAUCCACCCAACGCCAUUGUGUUCAGCUACGGACACUGCCAGGUCAGCGACAUGGUGAAGGCUGGCUUUGGAGUGAACCUGAUUGGGGUGGUGGUAGUCAUGGUUGCCAUCAUGACGUGGGGUGUGCCCCUUUUUCAGCUGUCUGAGUUUCCUGCCUGGGCGGUGAUGGGGAACGUGACUGAGAGCUUGUGAUGUCACAGCUAAGUGGACAGGAAGGCUGGGACUGUUGCUCUGGGAUUAAUACCGUGAAAAACAGUCCAGAAGAAUCAGCAAAGUCCUGUCUGAACACAACAGAAUGAUCAAGAGGAGUGGGUCAAGUGAUUCAGUGUAAUAAUCUGGUGAUUGUCCCUUUUUAAAUGAUCUUUGUUAAUUAAUUGGUGGUUUUGGUAAAUUGAUGAACAGUAAUCACAGGUGAGAUCAUGAAUACAGAUGGUGUUUUGGUCAGUAUUACUGUUUGUGGGUAAAACAUGGGGCAAAAAAAGUUGACCUGAAAUCCGUGGUGGCUCACAAAGUAAAGACAGGGUAUCCAGAAAAUGCAAACCUUCCAGACUGCAUUUUAAAGCAGUAAAUGUGCAAUAUUUAUGUUUUCUUUUAAUUGAUUAAUCAGAGCGUGCAAACAAUCAGUAAGUCCCAAGUGACGUGGAAUCGAUUUAAAACCCUUAGUUCAAACCAACUGACUUCAAUUUUAAUUAGGGGUGUUAAGUCAGGUAUAGUAAAUUACUUUUGUAAUUGAUAUUAUUGUUACUGCACAGAAUUGAACAUUUUUUUUUGUUUUGCUUUUUAUUUAGAAUGAGAUUUUGAUCUAAAAAAAUUUAUGUAACACCAUAAAGAAAGAAAAACUUCUUAAUAAACUAUGACGACACAGUACAAAAACCAGUUAGGUUAUUGUAAAAAAAAAAAACAACUGCAAUGUUCAUAUGUGUAUGCUUAAUUAAAAAAAAUUAGACACUGGGCCCAGUUCAAAGGCCUGAUUAUUACUAAACUUGUUUUUAGCAGUACUGUAGUAUGCCACUUGAUUGUCUGAUCAGGUAACCCUUUUUAUUCACAUUGAAAUGCUGUUGUUCGGAAAGUAAUGAUGCUGGGAAUCGAAGUUAAUGCCACACAGGACGUGUUUUAAUAAUAAAAAAAAACAUUGAGAUGCAUUUUUCUAUUUGUGCCCUGUAGGCCAUUUCCAAGAACCAGAUUCCAAGCAACACAAGUAUCAGCCUAUUAAAAUGCACGAGGCAACAUUAAGUUUUAGAGGACAUUUUCCAGUAUAUUUAAAUGUUUUGAUUUGAGCACCUUGGGCUUGGGAAUUACUGUAUGUUGGAAUUAUGAUAAAUAUAAUACAUACAAAGCAUUAUCAAAUGGCGUACAAAUAUGUAUGUAAUAAACUAAUGUAAUAAAGAUGAUUUCUAAAAUGUG